GCCGCUUCUGCUUUUCACAGCAUUUUGCAUGAAAGUGGCAAUCUGCGAGGAUUACCUUGUGCGCGCGCAGGAGAGGAUACUGUAACGUGACUGUAGAUUCUGACCCGAACCCGACCUGAAGAACAUGGGUUCUGUUUCCAACCAGGAGUUCCCAGGAGUGUGCAAGACAGAAGAAGACGAAGGACCGAGCACAGAGGAGGAUUCGCAGUCAUUCCAUGGAACCGGCGUGUGUAAAUGGUUCAACGUCCGCAUGGGCUUUGGGUUUCUGUCCAUGACCAAGCGGGAGGGAGUGCCGCUGGACGAGCCGGUGGAUGUCUUUGUCCACCAGAGUAAGCUGCACAUGGAAGGUUUUCGCAGCCUGAAAGAGGGAGAAGCAGUUGAGUUUACCUACAAGAAGUCAUCAAAAGGCCUGGAGUCCCAGCGAGUCACAGGACCAGGAGGCAUCUACUGUGUGGGCAGCGAGCGGAGACCGAAAGGCAAAAAGGUCCAAAAGCGACGUUCCAGGUGCUACAACUGUGGAGGUCUGGACCACCAUGCCAAAGAGUGUAAGUUGCCACCUCAGCCCAAGAAGUGCCAUUUCUGCCAGAGCAUCGAUCACAUGGUCGCCAGCUGCCCAAUCAAAGCACAACAGUCCUCACCAAGCUCUCAGGGAAAACCGUCUCCCUUGAAAGGAGACGAGGGAGGUUACAGCCACCCGGCACCGCCUCCCGAGACGUCAGAUUAAACUAAAGGUCGGGCCUCGAUGAAGCACAGAAGCCAAUCAAAUUGCUUCGACGGCGAGGAAGGACACACGAUUCCUUCCCAGCUGCUGAAGCUGCUUUUGGAUUUACCUCAGGUUAAAAAAAAAAUACUCAUGAAGAAUGUUUUUUUCCAACUGGUGUAACACUCAGGAAGACUUCUGUACAAUUGCACUCGCAAAGCUUGCUAGAUGAACGAAUCACUGCUGUUAGAGGGAAAAAAAACACUUUGGUUUUUCACGGGUUUUCACAGGUUCUGUGAAAAAAAGAGCCUUUUCUCGAGGCUCUCAAACACCCGCAAUAUAUGCAUAAGACUCCGCGUGGUUAGAAUAGAUUGAUGCUUUUGCUGCCUUACAAUUUCAUCUCUUUCCUGACUUUUACACCACAUGUAAUAGUUAGUUGCUCUGUAAUGAAUGUUAGUGUGCAUAUCACACACUGGGAGGGUUCAUGACAGAAUAGGGGGAAAAAAAAACUUUUGAUGGGUUUAAGGGUAUAGCUAUUGGCAAUGAAAUGGUAUUUUCAAAAUUGCAGUUGACCAUCCAGUUUUCCUGGGGCCAAAUGAAUGUCAGACCAAAAGUUGUUUUCAGGUUUUGGUCAGUUAUAUAUAUAUAUGUUUCGUUGAUUAUUUUUUCUUUGUCAUUCAUCUUUUAGCUGGCUAGUCUGGUCUACCUCACUGGUGCAUGUUUGCUCUAUUAUCCUCACUGCUUACAAUCACCAGAAAUUCUCAGACUAGGGCUUUGGAGAGUGGAGAUUGUAUGUUAGGGUUAAAUCAAAUCCCUUUUGCACUACAGUAUUUACACUCAGUCGACAUGAUAUGGGAUAUUUUGGAAUUGCAGUGAUGACCGCCUCGUGUUGCUCCGCAGGUGCUGGCUUUGUGUCGACUUAAGGUACAGCUAUUAAUGUGAAAAGACGACAGCUGUGCAGAUUUUCAGUCUGUUUGGGAGAAAGAGGAAAAUGGAAGCAUUAUAUAAUAUUUAGAGAUCUUAAUCUCUUUGUCUCCUCAGCUGCAGGUCAACAUGAAAAGACUACACUUUUCACCAUCUUUAUGAAGUGUGUCACAACGCUUUUAACCACUAACCGCUAACUUCACAGAAGGUGGUCAGUUGUACUGUUUGAAGUGGCGCUGCAAUUUAGUUUCACAAUUGCUCAGAGUCUAUAGUUUUAAACCAUCAGCCAUCAGCAGGUAAAGAAAGACACAAUCAGACCCAAAGAUGGCAGCAUAACGCUCCGUUUCGGCCACCGUCAGCUGCAAGGUGUCACUUUUUCGUGCCAGAUGUGUUAAAGAAAAUGCUGCUUUUGAAUGACUUGAACAUGGAUUUGAUUAAAUCAUAACACCACACUUCUGAAAGACUUGACAUGGGCUGAAAUACUGACGAGUCCUGCUACUUCUCCUCUUGAGGAAAACAACAACGAGGAAGAAUCAGACGUUGCGAUGCUAGUGAAAAGACUGGCGCUUUAAUUUAUAUCCAGUAUGAUCGUUUUCUAGGUAGUUAUUUAAGACUUUGACCUCCCUAUAAUCUGCAGAAGGGUGAUUGUUCAGGAACACCAAGCCUGCACAGAGUUGCAUGUAGGUCUAGCUAGCUAAUCAGCAUUUUACUCCCGUUUUACAGGAGAAGCUGACGUUACAUCCAAUUAAUAUAUAUGUAAAAUUAUUCUAAAGCCUUUUUAAAAAGAUCAUACUACUUAUUUAUUUUCAUUCAAGAGUACUGCAGCUUCACCCUCUGAUCCUGUUGAGACCUCUCAGUAAUGAAGUUUUGGGCACAGACACCAGAAAACUGCAAAGCCAUUUGAAUCUGUAUUAUGAUUUUUUUUUAUAUUUUAGUAACUUUUAACAUCCAGGUACUCUCAUUGCUUUGUACAUAUGUGCUUGAUUCAUGCAAUUUUCCUUAAUUUAAUUAAGUAUGAACACAUAGUUUUAUAACUAGUUAAGAGUAACAAUAUAAAGAACAUGCUGCACACAUGGCAAAAUGAGGUCUGGUGUUAACUGUGAGGGUUUUUUUUAAAUUUGAUUUUUAUUUGUAUUUUAUUUUUUUCUUCAUGUGAGUGCUUAAUGAGCCUUUUAAGACAAAAUAGAUCAUUGUCAUCCUUAUCUAUGCCAUAUCCAAUGCAAUGUCACUGCACUAAUCAUGUGUAAGAUGCAUCAAUUUGUUUUAUCUAUAUGUAAAUAUUUCAGUUUAUUUUAUAUUUUUGAAUAUAUAUCUUGAUUUUUAUAUACUUUUUAUUUUCAAUUCCAAUUUGUUGCGGGAGAAAAAUAAUCUACUACGGUGAUUAUCUCAGGAAUUAAUAAACUGAAACUCAGGGAGCCCUUCAGAUUGACUGGAAGGAGUCACAGAGUCUUAGUGUAUGACAAAGCAGGGAUCCAAAUGCUCAUCCUCAUGAUGUGAAAAGAAGGCCAGAGAAGGUGCAGUUUGUUUGUAUUCUUUUAUUUUUUCCCCCUUUAUUUACUGGACUUUCAUUAGAAAACUGUGAAGGUUUGGGUCACAGAAGCAACGGCUGCAAUUGACAACAGUAAAUGUUCAGGUCUUUUGAUUCAUCCUUCCAUACAAUGCUUUUCUGUAUUCUUUCUCACAAUAUAAAAAAAAAGUAUUUCAUUACUAUUGUAUUUUUUCCUCUGUAAUCGUUGUAGAUGGGGAUGUCGUAGAAGAUUGUAAAGGGACUGGGGCUUGUAGUAUUUAAUCAUCGUCUCCUCUCAAACUUUUGAUACUUGGUGUUCCAGACUAUCAGUGCUUGUGACAAGGAGAAUGUCACGAAUGAUUGACACGCAUACUAUUCCAUACUUCGAUGCAAGGUGAUGCCUUGUAUAAAUUCUGGCGUUUUAGAGAAUCAAACUCUGUUUUGAUGAUUCUACUCAGGUUUUUCAAAGAAAUGAGAAAGUGCCGUCGUAAAGCCAGCUUACUUUUCAGGGCAGUUUUUUUUAUCCAUUAUGUCAAGUGCCAACAUAUCCUCUAAUAUGAGCAAAUUAUUUUUAUCAUAUUAUUAAAAAAGAAAAUAAAGGGACACGCAAAAAUCAAAAACUUUUUAAAAAUCAUUAAUUAUUUGUGCCAUUUGUCAAACUCUACUAGGAACUUUUGGGAGGCCACUGUUUGGAUCAAAGUGUUAUAAUGUCUGCAAUAUUUUGCUCUACUUUGUUAACGCCAGACAUUGUGAUUGUAACCAACCUGUUCAACACAUCAGUGGUGUGUUAUUGUGAUUUUAUUGUUGAGCCUGAGAUUUGCUCUGUUCAGUGUAACUUUUGAAAUUUCUCAAGUUUUUUUUUUAGUUAGUGGUUUGUGACUAUCAGCCAUUUAAUUUAUGGUGCUGUAUUCUAUCAGGUACAAAAGACAAAGGUUACUUAAAAAAACGUGCUUUUAUUAAUAUGUUGAAUGUAUAACUAACUACUGCCAAUAAACUACAGACAUAUUGAACUCAGGCAAUUUACUGGUUAGUUUUUCAGCGAUAUAACAGCAUGUAAAGUUUGAAAGUAUUACUGUGAUCAUGUUUCUUUGUGUAAAGAUCUGCUCCUUUUCAUAAUAAAAAAGUCAGUUUUGA